UCUGGAUGCACAACUAGAGUUAGAAAUUGAGAUCUCAACAGGUUGUAUGAAGUUUACAGAUAUUUCUAUAACUAAUAAUACAGAUACAGAUAUUAAUGAACCUGAAACAGACAUUCAAAGUGAGUCUGAAACAGAUAUUUCAAGUGAUAGUGAGCAAAGUGAAAACAAUAAAGCAAUAAUUGUUAAUAAUACAAACAACUUGCUGUAA